AUUGGGUGGCAGUGAACAGACACCCCACCCACCCCUGACCUGCUGAGAAGUAAAACGUCGCUGGAUCCACGCCACGUUUUUCCCUGCGCCUUUAUUUAGAGCUGUGUGGGUUAUAAGGAGAAUUGAAGGAAAUAACAAGGGAUAUCAAACAAGGCGUGCAGAAUAACAGGAACACGUUAGUAUGUGCUGACUGAAUGAAGGAAAACGAGAAAUCAGGACGCAUUUCUUUGCUGCUGCUGCGCUCCCGGAGCAUGUAUUCACCGGAGGAUGCUGCAUCUCCUGAACCGCUGCUAUCGGCUCAUAAUUCGUGCAGUCUUCACGAUUGCAUCGCACUGUGAAUAUUACAACGUAUGACUAGUGGGAAACGAUGUGCGAUCAGGCUUGUGUGGAGCAAGAAAAAAUAUUGAACGUUUAGAAGAUUUACGCUGAGCAUCUGCAAGGAUUUUUCUGCGCGCAGUCCUGCUCAGUUGUAUCACUGCCGACUUCAGUUAGACGCAAAGGAGGGGGGUGAAAGACAGACUUGAUAAUCUCCUCACUGUUAAAUUAUUUAGGAGUAUCUGUUCCUCAAGAUCAACAUAUGCUGGUGUCUUUGUUUUGCAUCUUGCGUGCAUGAUCUUAAAACCAGGCUUAAAGUGGCGGUGACACGGAUGAAAGCAGAUGGCUAGGCUCCCCAAAUUUCCUCAAAAAGGGGAUGAAACCUAAAAUAACCCCUAUAGCAAAUGCUUUCCGCACAUUGCAAGCCGAGGGAGCCCUGAAUUUGUGACACGUACAGCUUCUCCGGAGACUCUCCCUCCUCCUGCCCCCCCACCUCCCUCCCUCCCUCCCCACCACUCGGAACCCGGACACCGGCGACUUUUUAAUGGCUUAUGUGUUCAGAAGAUGGAGGGUUUUAAUGGUACUGAAUGUGAUUGUGGUUGCUGGGUUCAUAACAUAUUGGUCUAAGUGCAACACACGCAGCGUCCAAGACGCCGGUACAGAGGCUCCGGCGGACGGGAAGAGGCCCCGGGGCAACAGGACGGCGCAGGGGCCCAGCAUCAGCCACGAGGUUCUGCUGACGAGACUCAGCUCGCUGGAGGACGUGGUCUACAGGCAGUUAAACGGUCUGUCCAAAUCUCUGGGCCUGAUUGAGGGCUUCGGGGGUCGGGGUAAAGGCGGCUUCCCUGCCACACUGUCGCCAGCUGAGGAGAGUGACGCUAAACAGCUGAGGGAAAAGUAUGGCUACAACGCCUACCUCAGUGAUAGAAUCUCUCUGGAUCGGACCAUACCGGACUAUCGGCCCAGCAAAUGCGGAACGAUCAGCUACCCGAGAGACCUCCCACAGAUCGCCCUCAUCUUCAUCUUUGUCAACGAGGCUCUGUCGGUGAUCCUACGUUCAAUCCACACAGCUGUCAAUCACACUCCAGCUCAUUUGCUCAAAGAAAUCAUCCUGGUGGAUGACAACAGCGAUGACGAGCAGCUGAAAGGACCACUAGAGGAGUAUGUGAACAAGCGCUACCCCGGUCUGGUGAAGAUCGUCAGGAACCAGAAGAGAGAGGGACUGAUCCGUGCCAGAAUUGAGGGUUGGAAGGCGGCCACGGCUGAGGUGACGGGAUUUUUUGACGCCCAUGUGGAGUUCACCGCAUUCUGGGCCGAGCCGGUUCUUGCCCGUAUUAAAGAUGACUACAGGAGGAUUAUUCUGCCCUCCAUCGACAACAUCAAGCACGAGACGUUUGAUGUGGAGCGCUAUGAGAACUCAGGCCAUGGCUACAACUGGGAGCUGUGGUGCAUGUACAUCAACCCGCCCAAACAGUGGUGGGACGACGGGGACACAUCCGCUCCCAUCAGGCAAGUUCACCCAUAUAACCUGUUAGAUCCCGAGUCACCCCUGUUCAGGAGGUACUGGACCAGCUCUCCGUCUUAAAGGGUCCGAUCCUCU